AUGGAGUGGGAUCCAAGCCGCUUCUUCCGGCUUGAAGGGAGUCCUUCACCCUAUGCUCUGCUGGUGCUGAACCAGCCAAUCAACGAAAAGGCCUUUGGGGUAUUAAGUGAACAUGCUUCUUACAUCAUUUGUGCCGAUGGCGGGGCUAACCGCCUGUACGACAUGAUGAAAAUACAUGGGAAGGAAUCCACCGAACUCCCUGAUAGAAUCAUUGGCGACCUGGAUUCCAUACUUCCACAAGUACGAAAACACUACGAGGACCUAGGCGUAUCCAUCAUAAAAGAUCCCGAUCAAUACUCGACAGAUUUCACCAAAUGCCUCAAAUACCUCAACAGUCACGCAGCAGAGAUAAUCAUAUCUCCCCGCCAUCAAAAAAAGAAACCCUCCAACAAAAACCAGGAGGGCACAAGUCCAAACACACCAUCCCCCCUAUCAACACUCGAGAUUGUCAUUCUCGGCGGUCUAGGUGGACGCGUCGAUCAAGCCUUUUCCCAAAUCCACCAUCUAUACAUGAUGACCCAGACACAACGGGCACUACGCGAAUCUCAAGAACCCAACGAAAACCAGAAAAUAGGACCUGGUGCAGGUGGAAACCUCUACCUCAUUUCGGAAGAAAGUAUCACUUUCGUUCUGCAAGAGGGAAAGAAUAUCAUCUACACGCCGGCCACAAACCGGCCCGAUACCGAUGCCGAUGCCUCAGCGGACCAAGACUCAAUCACCCAGGAGAAUCAACCACCCUUGAAAAGGAAGCGGGACCAGGAAACGGGUGCGGUGAUGGAGUACUUCUUCGAAGAGAAUAUUGGGAUUAUCCCACUCUCAGCUCCGGCGUCAAUUACCACCCUGGGAUUUGAAUGGGAUGUGGAGGACUGGCAUACCGAGAUAGGUGGCCAACUAUCUACUAGUAAUCACAUCCGCGCCGACAAAGUUGAAGUCUCGACGUCCGUGCCCGUGUUGUUUACGGUGGAAUUGGCGCAGAGGCUGAAGAGGGCUUAA